AAUGGAUAAUAUAUCAUUUCAGUGCAUGCCGUCGUUGAAUGAAUUCCUCGUCGGUUCGCGAGCGCCAUGUUGGUUUAUAUUCUACUGCACGCAGAUCCACCCUCCUAAAGGAUGUAUGAGACAGCCUCCUGUCCACCUCCUCGUCCACCACCUACCCCUCCACCUUUUCAAGUCUGUCCAUGUCCGCCCUAGGCCUCACAGACUCGCCUCUUCCUAGCAGAUCCAAAGGUCCUUCCCCUGCUGGCUCUAUGCCACCAAGUCCGAGUCGACGCCCAGCCAUUCGAGCUUCAGCUUCGAAAUCCUCUCUCAGACAGGAAGUUACUACCAACGCUGCCGCACGCGUAGCACAACAGCAUUCUGCUGAGUUUGCUCGUAUGCCUCGUCAGCGGGUUUCGCAAGUUAAUUUGAGGGAGAAUGUAGCUUCUGGUCAGACUCCCAAACCUCCUAUACCGGCCAAAUCACCGUCUACCCGGCCUCCAGCAGUUAAACCUGCAUCUGCUCCCCAAACUGCUCAGCAUCCAAACCAGAGAAAAAGUAUCCAAGCCACGGCACGGGCGAAUCUUGUCACGAGGAAAGCCGUGCCGUCACCGGCGCACAACGAGGUCACUAUGGCUGAUGAAUGGGAAGCAGAGCUAGUCAAAGAUGCUCAAAAACUUAAUCUUGGCCCUUCAUCCCGAAAACCCGAGAUUGCCAGAGAACUUGUUGAGCAAAGGCACAAUGACGGUGAAUGGGAGAGGUUUGGAGAGGAAAAGUCAACUGCUAGAGAGGAAGAGGAUAGGCGCCGGCGAGAGCCAGGGAGGGAAGUUGCCUUUCCCCCUAGUAUGCCCCGUACUCCAAUCCGAGCUGUAACAGCUGGCGUUACGUCUGUUCAUGUAGGUGUCCGUCCUCGACUUCACCCUUCACGUGCGUCGGAAUCUAUGAUGCGUAAUCAGCCCGACGUCAACGUUCCAAACCCACUGUUUUCUCCAGCCAUUUCCAAUCCCGAACUAUUCGGAGAAGAAUCUCGCCCUUCUUCCACAGCCAACCAUACCCCAGACUUGCUCAAAAAGGCACAAAAGGAAUAUGAGGAUUGGCUUGCUAGGAAAGCAGAGAGAGAAGGAGAUAUGGAGUCAAGUGGAAUGAGGAAUUGGGAGCCUAGAGAACGAGCUAUUGCACGACCUUUUGGUUUCUCGCCUCAGUCUGCCAAUAGUGUGCAUACGGCGUCGUCUCUUGAAUCCUCGCCAACCGAGGUGGCGUCUUGGGCUUCUGGAUAUCCCGCUGGGCAGUCUCAAACCGCCAUGUCCGAACAGACUGCGCCACCUCAAUCGGAAGACCAACAAGCGGCAAUUGAUGUUGCUCAGCGACAAGCAAUGGUACCUUAUGGCUAUGAAGCGUACUAUGCUCAUCCGGCUUAUUGGGACCCUUCUUAUUGGUGGGGCAUGUACGAGGACCCGAAUGUCAUGGCAGUACAUGCUGCGAACCCUUCAACUCAGGAUCCAAAGACUAUGAACCAAGUGGAUAUGCCGAAGGAGGGAGAGAUGACCUCUGAGGAGCAACAAGCAUACGGGUUGUCAAAUAUGAUGAUGUAUAAUCCUUAUCAAUGGGGCGGUGGUAUGGGCGGUCAAGGAGCCGGGUAUCCAGGGAUGCAAAACCCGUAUAUGAUGGGAAGGGACCCUUCAGUUAUGGGAUCGAUGCCUGCUCUGAGCCAAUCUUCCGGGACUGAAGAUAAAAAUCUCAGACCGUUCGAUUCGACUAAAAUGAAACAGGGCAGAUUGGGACAUUAUGGGUAUCUCGAGGGGAGGGAACUCGCAGGUCCUCCUGUCGGCCAUCUCCCUGCUGGUAUGCAGUCUCAAUACUCUCAAGCCGGUCACGGUACUACUACAGCCGGUCCUUCGAGCGCAAGUUAUCAAGGCAACGGAUCAUGGGGUGACCUUGCCAGUAUCCCUCGUGCGCGAUAUGACGGUGCCGCUUCCGCCACAGGCCACGUCCAAGCUGAUCUCGACUCUCCGUACCCCCGGGCUCCCAACGGCAGUGUGACUACAGCUUGGACGCGAUACGGGGCAGACGGCUCGGUGAUGGAGGGGAUGAAUGGGAACGGUGCGGGUCGUAGGAGGUUGAGAGAAGGCAGGGUGUGAUUGCAUUUUAUACUGUAAACAUGCACGUGUUACAUCUCG